CUACAGGUAGAGGGCAGGCUGGCCCUGGGUGGUGCUGAUGUGGCCUCAAGGCUGAAUCCAGCCAGGGUCCGGCCCAGGCGACAGCCCCUCAAGGAACCAGCCCUACACCCCAUGGGGUUGUCGCUGCCCAAGGAGAAGAGCCUAAUUCUUUGCCUGUGGAGCAAGUUUUGCAGAUGGUUCCAGAGACGGGAGUCCUGGGCUCAGAGCCGAGAUGAGCUGAAUCUGUUGCAGCAGAAAAGGAUCUGGGAGUCACCGCUCCUCCUCGCUGCCAAAGAGAACGAUAUCCAGGCUCUGAACAAGCUGCUCAAGUACGAGGCCUUUGAGGUGCACCAGAGAGGAGCCCUGGGGGAGACGGCGCUGCAUGUCGCGGCCCUCUACGACAACCUGGAGGCCGCCAUGCUGCUGAUGGAGGCUGCCCCGGAGCUGGUGUUUGAGCCCAUGACAUCUGAGCUGUAUGAAGGUCAGACUGCAUUGCACAUCGCUGUGGUGAACCAGAAUGUGAACCUGGUACGAGCCCUGCUUGCCCACGGGGCCAGCGUCUCUGCCAGGGCCACGGGCACUGCCUUCCACCGCAGCCCCCACAACCUCAUCUACUUUGGGGAGCACCCUUUGUCCUUUGCCGCCUGUGUGGGCAGUGAGGAGAUCGUACGGCUGCUCAUUGAGCACGGAGCUGACAUCCGGGCCCAGGACUCCCUGGGAAACACGGUGCUGCACAUCCUCGUCCUCCAGCCCAACAAAACCUUUGCCUGCCAGAUGUACAACCUGCUGCUGUCCUACGAUGGGCAUGGGGACCACCUGCAGCCCCUGGACCUCGUGCCCAACCACCAGGGCCUCACGCCCUUCAAGCUGGCUGGAGUGGAGGGCAACACCGUGAUGUUCCAACACCUGAUGCAGAAGCGGAAGCACAUCCAGUGGACAUACGGGCCAUUGACCUCCACUCUUUACGACCUCACAGAGAUAGACUCCUCGGGGGAUGAGCAGUCCCUGCUGGAACUUAUCAUCACCACCAAGAAGCGGGAGGCUCGCCAGAUCCUAGACCAGACACCGGUGAAAGAGCUGGUGAGCCUCAAGUGGAAGAGGUAUGGGCGGCCGUACUUCUGUGUUCUGGGCGCCAUCUACCUGCUGUACAUCAUCUGCUUCACCACGUGCUGUGUCUACCGCCCCCUCAAGCCCAGGACCAGCAAUCGCACCAGCCUUCGGGACAACACCCUCUUACAACAGAAGCUACUUCAGGAAGCCUAUGAGACCCCCAAGGACGACAUCCGGCUGGUGGGGGAGCUGGUGUCCAUCAUUGGGGCUGUGAUUAUCCUACUAGUGGAGAUUCCAGACAUCUUCAGAGUGGGGGUUACUCGCUUCUUUGGACAGACAAUACUUGGGGGCCCAUUCCAUGUCCUCAUCAUCACCUAUGCCUUCAUGGUGCUGGUGACAAUGGUGAUGCGGCUCACCAAUGCCGAUGGGGAGGUGGUGCCCAUGUCCUUCGCCCUGGUGCUGGGCUGGUGCAAUGUCAUGUACUUUGCCCGAGGAUUCCAGAUGCUGGGCCCUUUCACCAUCAUGAUCCAGAAGAUGAUUUUUGGUGAUCUGAUGCGAUUUUGUUGGCUGAUGGCUGUGGUCAUCUUGGGCUUUGCUUCAGCCUUCUAUAUCAUCUUUCAGACAGAGGACCCCGAGGAGCUGGGCCAUUUCUACGAUUAUCCCAUGGCACUGUUUAGCACUUUUGAGCUGUUCCUCACCAUCAUCGAUGGCCCUGCCAACUACAAUGUGGACCUGCCCUUCAUGUACAGCAUCACCUAUGCUGCCUUCGCCAUCAUCGCCACACUGCUCAUGCUCAAUCUCCUCAUUGCCAUGAUGGGCGACACUCACUGGAGAGUGGCCCAUGAGCGGGAUGAGCUCUGGAGGGCGCAGGUCGUGGCCACCACAGUGAUGCUGGAGCGGAAGCUGCCCCGCUGCCUGUGGCCCCGCUCUGGGAUCUGUGGGCGUGAGUUCGGCCUGGGGGACCGCUGGUUCCUGCGGGUAGAAGACAGGCAGGAUCUCAACCGACAGAGGAUCCGGCGCUACGCACAGGCCUUCCACAACCCGGGCACGGAAGGCUUGGACAAAGACUCAGGGGAAAAACUGGAGCUGGGCCGCCCCUUUGGCCCCCAGCUGUCCCUUCCUACACCCUCGGUUUCUCGCAGUACCUCCCGGAGCAGCACCAACUGGGAACGGCUCCGGCAGGGCACCCUCAGGAGAGACUUGCGGGGGGUGCUCAACCAGGGGCUGGAAGAUGGGGAGGGCUGGGAGUACCAGAUAUGAGUGCGCAUUUUGCUCCGGCUAAGUUGCUCACUUUUCCAGGAGCAGCAACACAAAACAAAACCAAAAACACAAACCAAACAUGACAAAAUCCUAGAGUUCUAAUCUCCUGGAUCCAAGAGGAAAGAAAGCAGCAUGAACCUUGAGGAACGGACGCUGAGAAUAACGGCUCCAGGUCCCCACUGCUCCUCCUGCUCUGGGGCCACCAACCUGAGUCAGUGGUGGCCCACGCCUGACCCCAUGCAUAGGGCUGGGCAUGCAGGAGCUGGCCUGCUGCUACCCCCCACUCCCUUAUGAAAGUCCCACUGCACAUCAGAGCACUUUAAGGACAGGCCUGCCCUCUCAGGCUCCCAGCCUCUACCCCAGGGUCAUAGUGGGAAGGGAGACAGCCCUUCUCAGGUGCUCCGACAGCUGAUGGGGAGGCACUGGGCUUGAGGGAAGACUCGGCGGGGGGCAGGGGCCACUGCA